UUACUGAAGAUUUGGUUCGCAAACGUUCAGAACAUAAUGAGGGUGAAAUAUUUAGCCUAGAAGAACUAACGCUUCAUCAACAAGAUAUUGAGAGAAUUGAGUUUCUUGACAAACAUUGCAAAAAGCUCCGCAUUCUAUAUCUUCAAAAUAACCUUAUUCCAAAAAUAGAAAAUAUUAGUCGUUUAAAGGAAUUGGAAUACCUCAAUCUCGCUCUCAAUAACAUUGAGGUAAUUGAAAAUUUAGAGGGUUGUGAGUCCUUAAAAAAACUUGAAUUGACUGUAAAUUUUAUUGGCGAUCUCACAAUGGGAAAUCCUUGUACUGAGUACGCUGGCUAUAGGGAAUACGUUAUUGCAACACUACCUCAACUGAAAGUUUUAGAUGGUGAGGAAAUCGGGAAGGCCGAGCGCAUCAUUGCUUUCCAAAAUCUUUCUGCGCACUACAAAACAAUUUUGCAGUCACAAAAAGCAUAUUUUGCUAAACGAGCUCGCGACAAAAAAAUGUCCGAAGUUCGAAAACAGCAUUUUUCAAAAAAACUUGAGGAAAGUGAUGGUGACAUUGACAAGAUAGCGGAGGAAUUUUGGCAUGAGAAAAGCCCCUACACACCGGAGUCACGAAUUGAAACUUACGAAUUCAUUCAGCUGCAGAAAGAGCGCCGACCAAAAACAACAACAAUUCAGUCUGAAGUUGACUUUAAAUUGUACGAGGAGCAAAAAGAAGACGGUCAGUACUUCAUCCUGGAUCUUGCUGCAUUCAAAAACAUGGACACCAGCUUGAUCGACUGUGAUGUGCAGGCAAACUACGUUCGUGUAAUGCUGAGGAACAAGGUGUUCCAAUUGGCCUUGUCAGAAGAAGUCCAUCCAGACAAAUCCACAGUUCAGCGAUCUCGAGUGACCGGCCGACUUCUCGUCCGAAUGCCAAAAGUCAAGGUCAGAAAUACUGUCUUUAUCGGAGCACAUUCAGUGUGCUUCAAAUUUGGUGUCGGGAAUGAGAGGGAGGGAGGGAGGAUGGGUGGGCAAUCCGAGGAACAGACGGCAAAUUUUCUGGACGUUGACGACACCAAGUCCCCGGUGGACUGGCGGAACAUUACGAAUUCUGGAGAUAGCCGUCCAAGAGGAAGCCUUGGCCCCAGUCGCAAGAAACUACCUGCUGUCCGAAGUGAAAGAGAAAACAGCCCCAACUUUGUUGACGAUCCCGACUGCUUUCCAAUUAACUCGGCCCAAGGCUCACUGAGACUGACACGAGAAAAUGAGGAAGAACUCACCAGUGAAUACUCAAUCACCCAACUCAUCUCAUCACUCGAGCGAGAAAGUGCUUUCGACAGCUGCCAAGACGAUUACUUUUCCCUCAUCAACUUCCUCUUUAGCUUAUUACCUGUCCAUCCCCCCCCUCGCCACCUGGUGACUUCCCCACCUCUCGGUGUUUCCCUCAUUCCCUUCCCGCCACCACCCCACCCCUGCCCACACAUCACGAGGUGCAGAUUUCCACUGGAGAUUGACGAGGCCAACAUUCGUUUAGCUUUCCAAGCAGCUACUCUGCUUCUAGCCAGCUUGAUCAACCGUUUCGCCUCCUCAUGA